UUCAGGUGCUGUGUUUACAUUUGGGAAAACUCAAUUUGCUGAAAAUAUUCCCAGCAAAUUUUGGUUUAGAAAUGAUGUACCUACAUUUCUUUCAUGUGGAGAUGAGCAUACUGCUGUUGUUACAGGAAAUAAUAAACUUUACAUGUUUGGCAGUAACAACUGGGGCCAGUUGGGAUUAGGAUCAAAAUCAACUGUUAGCAAGCCAACGUGUGUCAAAGCUUUAAAACCUGAAAAAGUGAAAUUUGCGGCCUGUGGAAGGAACCACACCCUAGUUUCAACAGAAGGAGGCAAAGUAUAUGCAGCUGGAGGAAAUAAUGAAGGACAGCUGGGACUUGGUGACACUGAAGAGAGAAGCACUUUUCAUCUAAUUAGUUUUUUUACUUCCCAGCGUAAGAUUAAGCAGCUUUCUGCUGGAUCUAAUACUUCAGCUGCACUAACUGAGGAUGGAGAGCUUUUCAUGUGGGGUGAUAAUUCUGAAGGGCAAAUUGGUUUAGAAAAUGUAACCAAUGUGUGUGUCCCUCAACAAGUGACUGUUGGAAAACCUAUCUCCUGGAUCUCUUGUGGAUAUUACCAUUCAGCUUUUGUAACAACAGAGGGACAACUGUACACAUUUGGAGAACCGGAGUGUGGAAAGUUAGGUCUUCCCAAUCAGCUGCUGGUCAACCACAGAAUGCCCCAGCCGGUACCUGGAAUUCCCGGGAAGGUGGUCCAAGUAGCUUGUGGUGGAGGGCACACAGUGGUUCUUACAGAGAAAGCCGUGUAUACCUUUGGGCUGGGACAGUUUGGUCAGCUGGGUCUUGGCACUUUUCUUUUUGAAACCUCAGUGCCCAAAGCCAUUGAGCAUAUUAAGGAUCAGAAAAUAAGUUUUAUUGCCUGUGGAGAAAAUCACACAGCUCUGAUAACAGAUAUGGGUCUCAUGUAUACUUUUGGAGAUGGUCGACAUGGAAAAUUAGGACUUGGACUGGAGAAUUCUACCAAUCAGUUCAUUCCCACUCUGUGCUCUAAUUUUUUGAGGUUUAUAGUUCAAUUGGUGUCUUGUGGUGGAUGUCACACACUAGUUUUUGCCACUCCACGACUUGGUGGGACAGAAGAAAUGGAGUUAAAAGAAAUAAACAAAUCUUGCUUCUCUGCAGCAACUUCUCUGUCCCUCAGCAAUCUGAGCUCAGGAAUUGUACUGCAUCAAACUCUAUCAGCACGUGUGCGGCGGAGAGAGAGGGAGAAAUCACCUGAUUCUUUUCAAAUGACACGAACACUACCUCCAAUUGAUGGGAUUCCUAUGCCACCUGUUUGCUUUUCCCCCAGUCCAAUUCCUUUCUAUAUGGCUGCAAGUAAUUGGUCAGGGAAAAUGACACCUGAAAAGGAGGGCCUCACGCAGCCAGAACCAGAUUAUUUUCGAGAUAACAUGGCCAAAGGGAAAGAAACAGAUAAUUCUUCGGCAACAGAUUCAGAAAGCCUUGGAGAAACUACCGAUGUCUUAAACAUGACACAUAUGAUGAGCCUGAAUUCCAAUGACAAGUCCCUAAAAUUAUCACCAAUUGAUAAACAAAAGAAACAAGAAACAAUUGAGAAACUGAAGCAGCAUACAGCUCACUUUGGAAAUGAUGAUAGUAAAGGAUGUGCAAGUGAAGAGAUGUCCAAAACAGUGAAAGAGGGGAAAGCAUAUAAACAACUUUUGGCAAAAGGAAUAUACAUGACGCAAGCAGCUAUGACUAUGGAAGCAUUUUCAGAUGAGGACAUAGGUAAUGACUCAGGCCAGCCUGGGCCUCGGGCUGACACCCACGCAGAGGGUGUGCAAAGAAAGAUAUUUAGUUGUGAAAGUAAGCAUGGUCUCUAUCCACCUGACUUUAAGGCGAUAGCAAAGGAAAGUGAUGGAGGCCAAAGUCAGAAGGAUCCAGAAGCAGAAGAAACAGUCUCUGAGAAGGAAAACGAGCUGGCGGAAAUGGCAGGUCUGCAGGCUAGGAGACAAAGUGAAGAGAAUUUAAGAAAUAUUAAUAUGUUCUUUGACGACUUACCAAAUAGAGACAUGAAUAUUGAGGAUGAAGAAAGUAAAGAUUUUGUUAAGGACAGUAGGAGGAACAAACAAGAUGUGAUCUUUGACAGUGAAAGAGAAUCUAUAGAGGAGCCAGACAGUUACUUGGAAGGUGAAAGCGAAAGUCAGCAAGGUACCACUGAUGGCUUCGAGCAGCCUGAGUCAGUAGAAUUUAGUAGUGGAGAGAAAGAGGAUGAUGAUGAAGUGGAAACUGACCAAAACUUGUGGUAUAGCAGAAAAUUUAUCGAACAAGGACACAAGGAAGAGACCGAACACAUACUGUCCAAAUUCAUGGCAAAAUAUGAUUUUAAGUGUGACCACUUGUCAGAGAUUCCAGAGGAGCAGGAAGGAGCAGAGGAUUCAGAAGGAAGUGGAAUAGAGGAGCAAGAGGUAGAGGCAAAUGAGAAUGUGGAGGUGCCUGCAGGAAAAGAGGAGAAGGAAAUAGAGAUCCUGUCAGAUGACCUGACAGACAGAGCAGAGGAUCAUGAGUUUUCAGAAGAUGAAGAACCAGAGGAUAUGGCUGAGGAACUUGAUGAAGAUCUGGAAAGCAAGAAGAAUGUUCCAGCAGAUGUGGCCAGUGACAACUCCCUUAAAAAGGACGAGACAACCAAACAAGAAAAACGAGCUAUUUGUGAAUACAAUGAAAAUCCAAAAGGAAACAUGCAUUAUCAUGCAAAGAGCAGUUCUUCAGAAGUCCUGAAUGAUAGUGAAUCAACACCAAAUAAAGAUGUGAAAAAAUCAAAGAAGAUUUUCCUCUUUAAAAGGAUGUCAUUGAUGAGUCAGAAAAGUAUGCAGAGUAAUAAUGAGCCACUCCCAGAGAUAAAACCAAUAGGAGAUCAAAUAGCUUUUAAAGGCAAUAAGAAAGAUGCCAACCAGAACCACAUGGGGCAAAACCAUCAGGAUACUUCACCCCCAGAUAUGGAGAGAAGAUCAAAAUCUUGUACAAUACUAUAAAUAUAUAUUUAUGUUUCCGUGGUCACCAAGCACAUUGUAUUUUAUACUUGAAAAACAUUUUGACUUCUGAAAGAAAGUUCCUGAUAACAAACUUUUAAAGAUAUAAUAAUAUGUUUUAUUUGAUUUGAAUAUUAUGACCAGUCUUGGUAUUUAUUUAUGCUAAUAUUUUUGACGAGCAAUUUCAAAAUAAGUGUAUCUCAAACUCUCCUUCAAGUGUUGUGGCCUUAACUGUUCAGUGUUGGAAUAAAAAAUAUAUUUUUAUA